AUGGAGGCGGCAGGAGCGUUAGCAAGCUUGGCACCUUCUCCCAUCACCGUGCUGGGGCUGAUACCACUCCUGGCUCUCGGGAUCACGUACUUCAGAUAUCAGCAAUAUGAUCCAGAGUCAUACGUAACCGACAUCAACAAAAUACUGCCGAUCUACGAUUUUGUAAUAGUUGGUGGAGGUUCGGCCGGUGCGGUCGUCGCGUCACGGCUCUCUGAGAUCGGCAACUGGACCGUGCUCCUCCUUGAAGCCGGUCAGGAUGAGAACGAGAUAUCAGAUAUCCCAGCCCUAGCUGGAUACACGCAGCUUUCCGAAAUGGAUUGGAAAUACCAAACGACGCCCUCCAAAAACCGUUCCUACUGCCUCGCAAUGAAUGGUGAUCGCUGCAACUGGCCCAGAGGCAAAGUACUCGGCGGAUGCAGCGUACUCAACGCUAUGGUGUAUGUCAGAGGCAAUCGAAAUGAUUACGAUCUUUGGGAGGCACUCGGCAAUCCCGGCUGGUCGUACGAUCAAGUGCUACCCUACUUUUUAAAAUCCGAAGAUAAUCGCAAUCCAUACUUAACGAACACGCCUUACCAUUCGUCCGGUGGGUAUUUGACGGUCCAAGAGGCCCCAUGGCGAACGCCGUUAUCGGUUACUUUUUUAAAAGGUGGAAUGGAACUGGGUUACGAAUACCGCGAUAUAAACGGUGCAAAACAAACUGGUUUUAUGCUGACGCAAGCAACUAUGCGUCGUGGAAGUAGAUGUAGCACGGCUAAGGCUUUCCUGAGACCUGUUCGGAACAGAGAAAAUUUACAUAUAGCACUAGGAGCACAAGUCACGCGUAUACUUAUAAAUACGGUCAAAAAACAGGCUUACGGAGUAGAAUUUUAUCGUAACGGUGAAAAAUAUAAAGUCAGGAUUAAGCGAGAAGUCAUCAUGUCGGCUGGAGCACUAGCAACACCUCAAAUAAUGAUGUUAAGUGGCAUUGGUCCCGCAGACCACUUAAGGGAACAUGGUAUCCCACUAAUAGCCAACUUAAAAGUAGGUCACAAUCUUCAGGAUCAUGUCGGGUUGGGAGGUCUAACAUUUGUUGUAAACAAACCCAUCACCUUUAAAAAGGAUCGUUUUCAAUCAUUUUCGGUUGCUAUGAACUAUAUUUUAUAUGAGAAAGGACCAAUGACCACGCAAGGCGUCGAAGGUUUGGCAUUUGUUAACACCAAAUAUGCACCACCAUCUGGCAACUGGCCGGACAUACAAUUUCACUUUGCACCAAGCUCGGUAAACUCUGAUGGUGGGGAGCAGAUACGAAAAAUAUUAAAUUUGCGCGAUCGAGUGUAUAAUACCGUUUAUAAACCUAUAGAAGAAGCUGAGACAUGGACGAUAUUACCUUUGCUGUUGCGUCCUAAGAGCUCCGGUUGGAUAAAAUUAAAAAGUCGAAAUCCUUUUCAACAACCGUCUGUAGAGCCUAACUAUUUCGCGUACAAAGAAGAUAUAAAGGUGCUGACAGAGGGUAUAAGGAUCGCCUUUGCUUUAUCAAAUACGACUGCGUUCCAAAAAUACGGGUCGAGACCGCACAAUAUACCUUUACCGGGUUGCCAACAGCACGUGCUGUUCAGCGAUGAAUAUUGGGAGUGUUCUCUAAAGCACUUCACGUUUACAAUAUAUCAUCCGACGGGAACUUGUAAGAUGGGUCCAAAUCACGAUCAAGAUGCGGUAGUCGAUCCUCGCCUGCGGGUACAUGGUGUAGCUAAUCUCAGGGUAGUCGACGCAAGUAUAAUGCCGACGAUUAUCAGCGGGAACCCUAAUGCUCCCGUUAUAAUGAUAGCCGAGAAAGCCUCUGAUAUGAUCAAGGAAGAUUGGCUUGUGUUAUGACAGUGUUCAGUGCUGUGUGUUAUUAGUCAUUGGACGCUAAAGAACUAUUUAUGUCACAAAGUAC